AUGACACAACAUGCAACGGUGGACAAAGUGAAAGGUGCCCCGAGGGACCAAAGCGAGCAAAGAGAGCAAAGGGAGAAAAGGGAGCAAAAGAGAGAAAAGAACCAAAAGGAGCAAAGAGAGCAGAGGGAGCUAAGGGAGCAAAGAGAGCAAAGAGAGCAAAGAGAGCAACGACAGAACAAGGGUACAAAGGAACAAGAUAACAAUCGAACAAGAGAGAAAGGAGAAAAAGGAACUAAGGAACAAGGAAACAAGGGAACAAGUGAACAAGUGGGCAAGGGCACAAAGGAACAAGGGCCCAUGGGAAUAAGGCAACAAAGGAACAAGGGAACAAUACAAAUUAGAUAGCUGAAAUAUAAUUUACAGAAUAACAUAAAUUCAUUCGGCACG